GUACGUAAAAUUUUGUCCUCUUUCGAAUGACGUCAUUUUUAGCUGUUUUGACGGAUGAAAGAAAGCGCGGUUUUAAGGCUCAUGAUUAUAUAUAUAAAUGCAAUGAAAACCCUAAGCCUCAUGCUAAUAAUUGUAUUCAAAAUAGGGCCAAGAAAAUGAGACAACUUGAACUGUUUCGUGCAUAGCACAUCGUCAGGUCUGAAGUAAACAAUCAUUUCAUAGUUUUUUAAACAUCACACAAAGCCUGCUCAGUGAAUAGAUCUUCCUCCUAGUUGCGGAAUGGUACAUACAAUUUUAUUUUCACUGCGUUAACUAGUGAUAAUUCUAAGUAUGGCUGACAAGACGUCAUCAUCAGUAUUUAAGUAUCUCCAUGAUCAAAACCGUCCAUAUAGUGUAACUGAUAUACACAUGAACCUUCACAAAGAAUAUGGGAAAACUGCUGUUCAGAAGAGUUUGGAUGCUUUGGUUGAGGAGAAGAAGGUCAUGGAAAAGGUGUAUGGGAAGCAGAAGGUGUAUGUUGUGAACCAGGAGCUGUUCCCCAAAGCCGAGGAGGCUGAAAUUAAAGGCAUGGAUGCAAAGAUCGCCGAGCUGACCGCCCAACUGACCGAGGAGGCCGUGGCGGCACGGGAGCUGGAGGCCAGACUGAAGGCCACCACCAACAGCCUGACGUCGGAGCAGGCCAAACGAGAGCUCAAACAGUGUGAACAGGACGUGGCCAGUCGGACCGGGAAGCUGGCCGCGCUGAAGCGUCUGUCGGGCAAUGUGACGGCCGACGAGCGGCGGCGCGUCCAGGAGCGUCACCGCCGGCUGGUCACCGAGUGGAGGAAGCGAAAACGCAUCGCCACAGACAUCGUGGACGCCAUCAUGGAGGGCUACCCGAAGAAGAAGAAGGACCUGCUGGAGGAGAUCGGCCUGGAGACGGACGAGGAGGCCGGCGUCACGCUGCCCAAGUGACACGGCCUGCUGGGGGCCCGGACGGGGGUUAUGGGUGAUGGUUCGUACGUGAUGUCCGGUGUGGUGAGGAGGCGCACAGUGUGAUGACGUCGUGGUGUGGUGACUGUGCGGCGUUGGGUGUCUGCAGUCGCGACAAGGCCGAGGGUGGUAGCUAGAGGCGGGUCCGCCUGAUGGGCUCAACUGGAUAUGACUCCAGUAUUGUUGAUUGUUGCAUUCCUGUGCUGCCAUAACAUUGUGUUACGUAGUGUCGGUCUUUUCAGCGGACAAGAUCUGUCCCGCCACUGCCUAUGGCUGGGCCAAGGGUUUGUCAGCUGCCUGGUCCUGUAACGCUCAGUCAGUGCCAAUCUGAGCAGAUAAUGAACUCAUGUUUUCAAGGGUGGUCGUUUGUGUUGCGGCAUGUGGCAGUUAUAUAGCCGCGUUUCGCGGCUAGCUAUUUUUUCCUUGCUAUUUCCAAGGCCGCCACUUCUGUGCAAAUGAAUGAAUGGUCGUGUUCGCUCGGUCCUGGAAUGCGUUGGGCUUUGUGAGCGGACAGCCAGCUCAUUGUCUGAUCUCCGAAAAAUGCGACAAGUUCACAAUAAAUAAAUGUAUUUAAC